CGGUUGCUCAAUUUGUUCACAAAACAAGAGAUGAGUCACUAUUUGGAUAAAUUACUUUCGCUCUCGACUCCAGAAAUACAAAUACGCUAAUAAAUGUGUAACAUGAUGUUGGCACCUAGAUGAGGGAAGGCACCAACUUCUUUAGAUAGCUACAUCGAAGCGCGACGCGAAGAGCUGAUGUUAUUUGGCGGUGUGAGACUCGAACUUUUGAUUUUCCAUAGUCCGGAUAUUUCUUGUGACACAAAAGUUGUAAAUAGAUGUACAAGUAGACCGAUAGACUGAAAAUGUUUAUUGAAGACAAAAUCGAUUCCGAGGCCCUCCAUGAGGGCUAUUAAGAGGCGAUUUUGAACAACUUAGCACUUGUUCCCGCGCCGUCAGGGUCCUCGUUUCGCAUGUAUCAUUUCAUUUUCUGAAACCCGAGGCGGAGCCAGAUCGAAAACAGAGAAAGACAUAGUGUCAUGGCGUUCUCCACGGGCGGUGCAAGUAGUUCGACGGCUAAGAACUCGGCUAUCAUGUCGGACGCGCAAAAGACGGUAGCGGAUCUCCCAGAACAGCUCUCUGAGAACAUAGGACUCGAAGUCACGUUCACACGGUACAAGCUUGGCACUCCGGUCCUCUACAUGCUGAAGUGCGAGGUCGUGCGGUCCCUGCCGCCACUGAUCGGGCCGGACGGGGAGGUGCAUGAGUCCCGCAGUGUGGUAUUGGCGUCCUGGACGGUCAAAAAACGGUACUCCGAAAUGGAGGAGGCACAUCGGCAAAUCGCAGCUAAGUUCGGACCCUACAUGGAGAGCAUACCCGAGUUUCCGCCCAAAGUGUGGUCCAACGCACUCUUCAACACGGAGCAGCAGGUGCAGAGCCGCCUCCGAAAGUUGCAGGCAUACUUCGACAAGCUCCUGCUGUACCCAAACUUGCGCUGCAGCCAAGAAUUAGGAAAGCUGCUCGAAAUCGAGCCGCCGGGGGCAGACGCGCUGCCGCACUUCCGGGUUUGCUCCUUCGGCAUACACCAGGCUGACCAGGUACCGGAUGCGACGCGAAAUUUCCGUUGUCAGUCUUUUGUUAGAGACAGAGAAUCGGCGGAACUGCAUAUGCCGCAUCGUGAUCAGGCAUUACUAGGUAGAUGCUAGGUUGGUAAUUUCAACCACUGCGUGCAAAAAAUCUAAUCUUCCAAAUAGAAGAAAGUCAUGCAUCGAUCUAUGCUGUUGCCGACUUUUACAACUUUUUCCCUCGUUGUGUACAACGCCAGGUAUAUGCGGUGUGCGAGAUUGGGCCAGCACAGGCGAAG